ACUAACUCGUUUGAUGAAAACUGCUGGCUUUCUCACUUUAAGAUUUUACUAUAAAAUUUCAUUUUAUUUAUUUGUCGAUGUAGAUUUUAAAUUAAAAUCCAUUAAAUACUUUCACAUUAAGAAAGGAAACGGCACUGGGGCCUGAAAUAUGAAGUAAGAGUUGCAUGUAUCUAAAGCGACUAAGAGACUCUGACUUCGACCGCAACAUUCCCGACCGGGAGGGAGAUCUACAAAUGGAGCAACACAGCAAUCACAAUCAAUCGAAAUUAUUCACUUGUACGACCGUUGAUUUUCGAGACGAAUUAGAAGAGCGAUUUGAACGUGCCUAUAUAAGCCUACAACAGCAAAUCAAUGGUCUCAAUGAGAAGGAUAUGCAUGACAUUUUGUCCCAACUCGUAUGUAAGGAGAAGCAGCAUGAAGAUAUUUCAAUAGGGUUUUUAUACACAAUGCUAACCGAUCCUGUCACAGCACCAAAAGCUUAUCGAGAUUUAACACUUGUCGCUCGGGAUGGAAUGAACAUGGUCGUUUCAAAUUUAACGAUGCUUGUGGCUGAAAAAUAUGGCAAAUUAACGGAAAUAGCACGCCGCCAACUCAUAUGGCUACUUCGCGAACUUGUCAAACAUCAAGUGCUUUUAGUAGAAAAUAUUGUGUGGAAUUGCCUUAGGCAAGCAGGCGGUGGUGACGUUUCAAUCAAAAACAUUUUUCUAGUUGAGGGUCUGCUCGAUAUAUUCAUCGAGUAUCGUGCUUGGCUAGAAUCACAGGCUUUCCUUGUACAAACAGUAGUUUACAGCUACGUUCGGCUUAUAGAAGACCAUGCGAAUCCCUCAUUAACUGUGCUUCGACAAAAAGAAGUGAAGUUUAUAAUAUCGUUAAUUCGUGAUCGAUUCCUGGACAUUAUACCUUUGGGUAGAGAUUUUGUCAGGCUUUUACAAAAUGUCGCGCGAGUACCCGAAUUCGAACAGUUAUGGCGCGACAUUUUACAUAACCCAGAAAGUCUACAUCCAACAUUUACAGGAAUUUGGCAACUUUUGCAAACACGUACAAGUAGACGAUUCUUGCAAAGUCGUUUAACUCCAGACAUUGAACGUAAAUUAACGUUCCUUGCUUCUACGGUUAAAUUUGGCAAUCAGAAACGUUACCAGGAUUGGUUCCAGGAUAAAUAUUUCGCAACUCCGGAAUCUCACAGUUUGCGCUCAGAUUUGAUACGUUUUAUAAUAAAUGUCAUUCAUCCUACAAAUGAUAUGCUCUGUUCGGAUAUUAUACCCCGAUGGGCUAUCAUUGGAUGGCUAAUAUCAUCUUGUACAAACCCGAUUGCAUUGGCUAAUGCCAAGCUUUCUCUUUUCUAUGAUUGGCUCUUUUUUGAUCCAAUUAAGGAUAAUAUCAUGAACAUUGAACCGGGAAUUUUAGUAAUGUAUCAUUCAAUACGAAAUCAUCCAUUUGUAAGCAGUACACUAUUGGAUUUUCUUUGUCGUAUAAUGAAAAACUUUGACAUACGGCACGAGGACAAAAUACGCAAAGGCGUGUAUAAUUCAUUAAAUAAGAUUCUCGAAAAGCAGGUCAUUCCAAACUUGCAGCCACUAUUCGAGUCCCCGAAAUUGGAUCGAGAACUGCGUAAUUUAAUUCGUGAAAAUUUCCGUGAAUUCGUAUUACCCACCCAUACUGCGUCGCCAAUGGUAACAAUGCCACCGUUUAAAAAAGAAGCAGAUCAGCGUCUACUGCACAGAGGGCAAACCUUUUUCGGUGGGCCAUUGGCGCAACAGCAUGAAAUGCAUCUACAAAAUAAUUUCCAACUCAGUUCUGCUGUGGCUGAUCUAGCAGAAACACAAGGCGUCGUUGAUACAAGUGGCAUUGGUAGCGUUGCCGCCAGUGGUGCACCUGUCAUCGAUGAAGAUAAUAAGUUGUCGAUUAUAGCGCCCGAAAGUAAUGAUAUUGAAGCCGAAGCCGCCUUCAGUGAAGAUGACGAAGAUGUGGCGAAAGAUACCAAGAAUGAGGAGCUUACGGACGAUGAUGACGAUCUGCCUUUAUCGAAAGUACGAUUAAAAGAGAAGCCAACACCGGAAAAGAUAGAUCUGCCCGCCUCCAUUAGUGACACAUUCGAAACAUUCGUCACAAAACGCAACUCAUUUACGUGGGAAGCUUUUUUGUCGGAUUUUCGAACAUUGCCCGCCUCAGCAUUGGAUGAAGCUCAAUUGAAUUAUGUGAUCUCGAAUACGCAUUUAAUUUUACGCGAAACAUUGCCACAACAAAAUAUCUUCACCGAUAGUAAAACAGAUGAAAAAAAUUUGGCAAAGAGCAUAAGCUAUCCACUUUUCGGCCUGUUUCGUUUUCUCUACGAAAAUGAUGAGAAGAGCAAAAAACCGUUUCAAACAUUGCUAGCAGAGAUAUGUGAGCGGAUCCCGGAAAUCGGUUACUUGCUACUCUAUUUCAUGAAGGUGCACGUUAAACUGCAGACACGUAAGAAUAGCCAGCAAGCGGCUCAAUUUAAAACGCCUAUUUAUCGUUUGCUGUGUGAGGCGAGUGGUGAAAAGAUAGAUGAUUGUCUAGCACGGGACUUAGAUUUGUUAGAAAAGGAAAGUACAGCGAUAUUCCUUUGGUUAUUGCCAGACAUUUAUCGCGAGUUUAAAAGUACAGCCAUAAACAAUAGCGAGUUGCUGCGAAUUACAUUGAGGUGUAUUGAUGCGAAGAACUUGCGUGACCUGAUAUAUUAUGUGGCGCAGGGAAAACUGACACUCUUUAAACAAGAUGGACUGAUAGACUGCUUGCGAGAAAGCUUGGUUUAUGAAACUUUUGAGCAGUUGAGUCUGUGGCAGUUAGUGCAAGCGCAUGAUGUCCCGCUUAAAUGUUUACAGGAUAUUUUACCUGAGCUUGAAUCUUCAAGUCAUCCAGAAGCGCUCAGUUAUAUGCUCUUAUGGCUUAAAAACGAGGAACCUACGAAUGAACUGAUACGUCUUUUGCUGAGUAGAGAGACAAAAUCUCGGGGCGAUCCAUUUGUUACUUCGGCAUUGCGCUUCUGGUGUCAACGGGGCGAGGAAAAAUUAUCAGAAAUCAUAGCAUCACUGCUUACGUCAAAGUAUCCCAGUUCAUCUCCGAACAAGCGAAAAAGGCUAACUAAAGGUAGUUCAGCAAUGAGUGGUUUACCCUCCGCCGAUCAGGUGUUGAGUCACCUGGAACAUUAUCGACGAAGUUGCAGGCAUGGUACAGGCACAGGGCUGUACGUUUACGACACUAUGCAACGCGCACUACAGGCGGCGUAUACGCAUAGCAAUGAGAGCACAAAAAAGCAAUACAGUGAUUUAUUUGCACUGGCGGCGGAAGACGAGACUACAGCCGUGGGGAGACGUGGUGGAAGUGGGCGUGGUAGAAAACAACCUACCAGUAAAAAGGAUACAAACAAUCAUAGUACGAGCAAUAAGAAAAAUUCAGAUCCAGUUAAAACCAUUUACUCAUCAGAUGAAGAAUCAAGCGAAGAGGAUUGGCCGAAGCAGAAAAUCUCACAAGCCAAGAAGCGAAAAAAAACUAUCAACGAUUCUGACUGACAGUACCAAGGGUUUUAUUGUUAUGAAGUAGAUCCAUAUAGUAAUGAGAAAGAUUUUUCUAAUUAAAUUGUUUAAAUAAACUAAAAAAAAUACAAAUAAAAAGAUAUAAAUAAGAAUUAAAAAGAAUAAGGCCAAUGUAGAUGUUUCAAGUGUUGAAAUGUUCACGUUAUAUUUUUUUAUUUUUCAUCGAAAAUAAAAGUAAAGUCUAAAAAAUUACAAUAAGUAAACAUAUGUAAAGGUGCGAUAAACACUAAAACAAUAAAAAUGAUUGUACAUCUUUUUGAUCCAAAUUACCACCAUGCAAUACUAUUACAAAUGCAUUUGUAUUUUUGAAUACCAUUCUUACACAUGUGCAAAAUGUAUGUAUAUUAUACGUAAUUUUUUAUUAAGAAUUUUAUGAGUUCGCCUUGUGUUAUGAGUACUAUUUUAUGUAGUUCUAAUACUACUUCAAUCGUAGAAGUUAAUUUAUGUUUUGAUUGCCUUUAGGUAGACUGUUUGUUUACUAUCUAUCAACCUGUAAGUAUUUUCCUAAAUCAGUAAUAUCACCGACAGUGAUGAACAAAUGAAGAAAUAAAGCUAUAUUCGUACAGUUGAUCGUACAUACAUACAUACAUAUA